UCUACUUAAAUAAUUCUUUUUUUAAAAAAAAGGCUAUCUGGUCAAUUUUGAUACUUGCUUGGGGCACGAAAAUAUUGUGGAAAAGACAGUUAAUUACCACAUCUAAUCCGUGAUCAACAACCUUAUUACAAAUGUCCCAUGUUUAAUUUAGACCAGAUUUGAGACCAAAUGGUCCGUCAGUUUCGCAUCUUUAAGGUCACAGUUCGAAGCUCCCGUGUUAGAUUAAUGGAAGGUGCCCAUCAAAAAGUGGACAAAACAGAUCUCUCAGAAUGCUGGAAGACGACGUGGCGAACGCCUUAUAUCAUGCGCCUCGCCUUGUCGGCCGGCAUCGGAGGGCUUCUUUUCGGUUAUGACACGGGUGUUAUCUCUGGAGCCCUACUUUACAUCCGAGAUGACUUCAAAUCCGUUGAGAAGAACACUUGGUUGCAGGAGACGAUAGUGAGCAUGGCGGUGGCGGGAGCGAUAGUGGGAGCGGGAUUCGGCGGGUGGAUGAACGACAAGUACGGCCGGAAAAGAUCAAUCCUCCUAGCGGACAUCGUCUUUUUCUUUGGGGCCAUUGUCAUGGCAGCGGCCCCGGGGCCCGGGAUACUAAUCGCCGGGCGGCUGUUGGUGGGGUUAGGAGUGGGGAUGGCGUCCAUGACCGCCCCGCUCUACAUCUCUGAGGCCUCGCCGGCGAGGAUCAGAGGCGCCCUCGUCAGCACAAACGGCCUCCUCAUCACCGGAGGACAGUUCCUCUCUUACCUCAUCAACUUAGCAUUCACCAAGACUAGUGGAACGUGGCGUUGGAUGCUUGGCAUAGCAGGCCUUCCGGCAGUGAUUCAAUUUGCCCUAAUGCUUUCCCUGCCUGAGUCUCCCAGAUGGCUCUAUAGAGAGAACAAGAUAUCGGAAGCAAGGGCAGUGCUGGACAAGAUAUACAGCACAGAAGAGGUGGAAGAAGAGAUGAGGGCAUUACAGGCCUCCAUAGAGAGCGAAAAGGCGGAGGAAAGAGCCAUCGGGACCGACCUGGUGUCCAAACUCAAGAGCGCCUGGGGAAACCCCGUCGUCCGGCGAGGCCUCUACGCCGGGAUCACCGUUCAGGUGGCGCAGCAGUUCGUCGGCAUCAACACCGUCAUGUACUACAGCCCCUCCAUCCUGCAGCUCGCCGGAUUUGCCUCCAACAAGACCGCCCUCGCCCUCUCCCUCGUCACCUCCGGCAUCAACGCCGCCGGGUCCGUCGUCAGCAUGUGCUGCGUGGACCGGUACGGGCGCCGGAAGCUGAUGAUCGCGUCCAUGGUGGGGAUCAUCGUCUGCCUCCUCGUUCUCGCCGGCGUGUUCAACCAGGCCGCCACCCAUUCCCCGCCGGUCAGUGUGAUGGAGUCCGCCCACUUCGGCGUCAACUCCACUUGCCCUAGGUUCCAGAAGGCCGUCGACGCCUCCUCCUGGGACUGCAUGUCCUGCAUUGCCGGCCCCGCUGAUUGCGGCUUUUGCGAUAACAAAGCCACCAAAUUAAACCCUGGUGCGUGCUUAUCUGCCACCGACUUAAUCAAAGGCUCCUGCAAAAGCGAAGGGCGUUCAUGGUACACCAAGGGCUGCCCGAGCAAAUACGGGCCGGCGGCGGUCGUCCUCCUCGGGCUAUACAUAAUAUCCUACUCCCCGGGGAUGGGGACGGUUCCGUGGAUCGUGAACUCCGAGAUCUAUCCCCUCCGGUACCGGGGAGUAGGGGGAGGAAUCGCGGCGGUCUCCAACUGGGUCUCCAACCUCGUCGUCAGCGAGACCUUCCUGUCGCUGACGGAGGCCCUCGGCAGCUCCGGCACGUUCCUCCUGUUCGCCGCGUUCUCGCUGGCGGGACUGGUGGCGAUUUACUUUCUGGUGCCGGAGACGAGAGGGCUGCAGUUCGAGGAGGUGGAGGAGAUGCUGAAGCGUGGGUACUCUCCGUUCAAGAGGAAGACCGCCUCCGGGAAUAACGUUCAAAUGAUGAGUCCUUGAUUUUAUUCAUUUUGAUUUUUGAGAUACAUAAAAUUUUGAAUAAAUACAUAUUAAUUCUUUAUUACUCCCUCCUUCCCACUUGAAACUUCUCAUUUUGACUUGGCAAUGUAAUGCUAAAACUGCUUUGACUUUCCACAUUUGCCCUUUUGUUUUUAUCCUUUCAACCCCACAUCACCCCUGCAAAGUUUCAUUCUCAAACUCACCCACCCACCCCUGCAAAUCCACCGACUCCAUUCUUGCCAUCUCCGUUUUUGAAGAGAUUGAGCUCAAAAUCAAUAGCUAAUGAAAUU